CGUGUAUUACAAUGUAAGAAAUGUAUUGGAAUUUAUAAACAACACCUGUAACAAUGUUGUUAUUUCUUGUAACAAUACUGGCAUAAAAUUUCACAUUGUUACCUCAUAGUUUUCGUCGGCAUUAUUGUAUUAGUAUAUAUUUCCGUCAACAAUCAGCUUUCCUCAGUGCGGAAAGAACAGAGCUAUGAAUCGCUUGUAGAAGAAGUGCGCCUUAGACAAGAUACUAUUGUGCUACUGAAGAACAACAACAUAUUAAAAGAAUUUGAAAACUGUCCUACACUCUGUGUGUUUUAUUUCUAAUUCAAUAUUUAUUGCCAGUGGAUAUCCAGUUAUCUUCCCUUAAACGAAGAGAUAGUUUCGGUGCGUAAAAUCUGGCAGCAAAAAUGGCUUUAUUUCGCAUGACGGCCUCGCGAUUCACCGAAGUACGACAGAAAAUGUCACCAGCCCUGACAGCUCUUCUGCGCAACUUCUCAGACUCGACUGACCUCAAAGCUGUACUCGCCAAGAAGGUUCCUGAAGAGCAGGAAAGGGUGAAGAACUUCCGAAAAGCUUACGGAGCAACCAAGAUCGGACACGUCACAGUUGACAUGAUGUAUGGAGGUAUGCGUGGCAUCAAGGGGUUGGUGUGUGAGACAUCUGUUCUUGAUCCUGACGAGGGAAUCCGUUUCCGUGGUUACUCAAUUCCCGAAUGUCAGAAACUGCUUCCUAAGGCCAAGGGUGGGUCUCAACCCUUGCCAGAGGGUCUGUUCUGGCUGCUCAUCACUGGACAAGUUCCAAAUCAAGCUCAGGUGCAAGCAGUCUCAAAGGAGUGGGCAAAACGUGCAGCACUAUCAUUACACGUGGCGACACUGUUGUACAACUUCCCUCCCACCCUGCAUCCCAUGUCGCAGUUCAGCUGCGCCAUAACAGCACUCAGUUCUGAGAGCAAGUUCGCCCGGGCAUACUCCUCUGGAGUACACAAAUCGAAAUACUGGGAGUAUGUUUACGAAGACGUCAUGGAUCUAAUCGCAAAGCUCCCCGUCGUAGCAGCGACCAUCUACCGCAACACGUACCGUCAUGGUAAGGGCGCUGGGGCCAUCGAUGCCAGCAAGGAUUGGAGUCAAAACUUUUGUCGGAUGCUUGGCUAUGACAACCCAGAGUUUACAGAACUCAUGAGAUUGUACCUCACAAUCCACAGCGAUCACGAGGGAGGCAAUGUGAGUGCCCACACUGUUCACCUCGUGGGCUCGGCGUUGUCGGAUCCGUACCUCUCAUUUGCAGCUGGUAUGAAUGGCCUCGCAGGUCCUCUGCACGGUUUAGCGAAUCAGGAGGUGUUAAUAUUCCUCAAGAAACUGCAGAAAGAGUUGGGAGACAACGCAACAGACGACGCAGUGAAAGAGUUCAUCUGCAGAACAUUAAAGAGUGGACAGGUGGUUCCAGGCUACGGUCACGCCGUUCUUCGUAAGACAGAUCCACGCUUCGCCUGCCAGAGGGAGUUCGCACAGAAACAUUUGCCCAACGACCCACUUUUCAGGCUGGUGUCUCAGGUGUACAAAGUGGUUCCUCCCAUUCUCAUGGAGACAGGCAAAGUCAAGAAUCCGUGGCCCAAUGUGGACGCUCACUCCGGUGUACUU